CACGAAGAUUUCUAGCCUGCCUAGACUUAAGUCAGAGCCACACCACACAUUUAAAGCACUCUUAUACAACUUUAGUAGUCAUGGCUUCCUAUAAAGAAUCCCGGGAACUGCUGGUGCCUUUAAUAGACUAAGUUGGGGCCACCAACAUUUUUGGCUUACUGGACAUAUCUGUAAUUAUGAGAUAGGGCUAUGGGUGCCAGUCACAAAAUGGCUGCUGAGCUGCAUGUGAUGUAACACAAAAUGGCUGAUUAAGUCAUGGCUUUUUUUCAGCCAGAACUCACUGGAACGGAGUUCUGGCACCUCUUAGGUGGGUGCCCUUCCCCAUUAUAGGAGAACAAUGGAGGCAUUCAUAAAAUGAUGCCUCGGCCUUGGUUUUCACCUGGAAGAACAUUUCAGGAUCAAAAAGGGGAUUGUCGCACACCAUACCAGGUCAGUCAGAAGAUGGGAUUUGUCACCUACUUCAGCCUUUGCCUUCUUGGAAUCCUGGUCUCCAGUCCUGCCAAGGCUGCCUGUCCCAAUGGAUGGCUGCAAAAUCAGGGCAACUGCUAUGCAUAUAUUGAAAAGAUGAUGACAUGGGCUGAUGCUGAGGUUGACUGCCAGAGCUAUGGCCGUGGGGUCCAUCUUGCCUCCAUCCUCAAUCAGAAAGAAUGUUCCAUUGUAGCCAAGUACAUCUUAGCACAACAGAAAACACGCACAGAUGUCUGGAUUGGACUCUAUGAUCCUUUGCAAAACAGGAAGUGGAAGUGGGCGGAUAAUUCUCCCUUCAAUUUCGCAAGCUGGAAUGUAAACCAGCCAGGCCUGUUUGUUCCAGCUGCAAAUAAGUUUUGUGUAGAGCUGAAGGAACAGAAAGAUUUUGAGAAGUGGAAUGCUGUUACCUGUAAAGAGAAAAAUGCCUUUGUCUGUAAACAAUCAUCCUAAAGAAGAUUGUAGUUCCCUUCGCUGGACUCUAGCCCGCUGGAAAUCUUUCUGAUCUCAGUACCUCCUCUUCCAGUCCUCAAAGUGAAAGAGGGGUUCUCAUUCAUCACUUAAAAAAUGACCAUAACUGAAGAGCUGCCACUUUGGUUCCCCUCUUCUCCACAAAUUUUUA